AUGGACACCUAUCAGCCGAACAGGUCUCCAGUAGACCAAAGAUCACCUCUGAGGAGCGAGUCCAGGUAUACCGGACGCGACGAUACUCUAGAUCGGCCUUCGGUGGAUUCCUACCGGCGCAGGUCUCCUGGACCUUCAGACCGUCGUACCAGAGGCCGAGGUCGGUCCCGUUCUCCAGUUGCCAUAGAUCGAUACUUACCUGAUUCACGUUCCGGCCGAGAUGAUCAUUAUACGCCCACACGCGAUCGGGAUGACCGGAGACGGGCAUCGCCCCCGCCCGCUCAUAUUGAUCGAUAUGUUCCGGGGCAGGAUACAGGGAAGCCCGCAGUCCGUGUCAAUCCAUUGCCGAAUCCUUUGACCCUCGACUUCCAGGUCGGAUUCAACUGGUUCGCGGAGUGGUGGCGAGUCAAUGAAUCAAUAAAGGAAGAUCGAGAGCGACAAAAGACUGGUGGUAGACGAGUGAACGAUCGGGUCAAGGGAGAGCGUGAAUCUCGCGAGGAACGUGAAAAGGAGAAAGGGCUGAUACAAGCUGCCUACGAUGCUUACAAAGAGGAGCUCCAAGUGAAGCUGUCGCGAAGUUUUGUUCAGCAUCACAAAGGAGAGGAAUGGUUCAAGGAGCGUUAUCUUCCAGAAGUCAGGGAUCCUUUUCGUCGUCGCCUCACGGAUUUUCGACGUGGGAACUACUCGCAAUGGGAGCAGGACCUGGAUUCGGGUAUUUUUGACGAAUUUACUCUCGAGGGAAUCUACAAGAGUGAAAGCAACGGGCAGGGUGGUAUUGUGGAAAAGGAGGAAGGAGAAACCACUGCUGUUGCUGAGGUUUUGCAGGUGGGAGACCUCUUACCGGUCAAGGGCGGUGACGUCAGGGACGAAUCCGCUUUCCAGCCAGCGUUGUUAAUCAAGACAAUCGCACCGACUGUGAGUCGGGAGAAGAUUGAAGAAUUCUGUAAAGAACACCUAGGCGAGCAAGAUGGCGGAUUUAGAUGGCUGAGCUUGAGUGAUCCCAAUCCACUGAAAAAAUGCCACAGAAUUGGCUGGGUGAUGCUCCAUCCAUCGUCGGAGCAGAAUGUGGGCUUGGAGCGAGGAGAUGGCCGCGAUGAAGAAAUGGAAGAAGCUGCUGAGAGCAACACGCGUGAGGAAGGAGCUGCUGACGUGAACGUCAAUCCGGCAGAGAAGGCUCUGGAAGCCAUCAAUGGAAAGACUAUUCAUGACGAAGUCAGAGGCGACUUCACUUGCCAUGUUGGAGUUCACGUGCCUCCAAACGUACCACGGAAAAAGGCGCUUUGGGAUCUCUUUUCGGCACCGGAACGAAUCGACAGAGACUUAGAGUUAGCUUCCCGAUUGGCGUCGAAGUUUGAUGAAGAAUUCGAGUCGGAAGUCAGUGCUCUGGCUAAAAUUGAGGACAAAGUCCAAGAACUCAAAGAUCGCGGACUGAUCAAAGCACCGGAGACUAGCUUGCCCAAGGUGAGCAAGACCAAGAAGGAAAUUGAUCUUGAUGCAGAUGGCGAAGAUGAGGAAGGGGAAGCGGUGGAGGCUGAGUCAGAAGAAGAGGGAACAUAUGAUGAAGAUAUAGACGAUGAGGAUACACUGCUGAAAAAGAAGAAGCUUGAUCUUCUUGUCGAGUAUCUCCGACGUGUCUUCAACUUUUGUUUCUUCUGUGUGUUUGAAAGCGACUCAGUGCAUGAGCUUACGCGGAAAUGCCCUGGUGGUCAUCUUCGUCGGCCGAGAGCCAGCCUUAGCAGUGCGGCCAAAGAAGCUGCCAAGGCUAGUGCAUAUGGAUUGCCGUUCCCCUUCAGCCGAAAAGAUUCCAUUACGGAAGGCGAGAAUGGUGAAAUUGUGACCGAAGAAAAGAAGUUUUUCAAACCGGGCUCGAAAAGCGAACAGCAACUGCAGAGGGCCUUCAAUUGGGUGAAGACCUUUGAAGACAAAAUCCUCCAGAUCGUCGAACCAGAGAAUGUCGACCUCAAGAAGAUUGGAGGGAAACCCGUUGAAGAUGCUGCCCAAGAAGAAAUGAACAAAUACGUGAAGCAGGAGGACGAAGCCAAGUUCAGGUGCAAGAUUCCUGAAUGUACCAAGCUUUUCAAGGCCGACUACUUUUGGAGGAAACACGUUGAAAAGCGUCACGCUGACUGGUUUGAGAAUCUGACCAAGGAUCUCACACUCGUAAACGCCUACUGUCUUGAUCCUGCGCGCAUCGGACCGGGCCGACCAGAUGCCAGCAGUAAUGGCCACUUUCCCGCUGGUGGGGGCCAUAUGCCGGCAGGCACCCCGCGCGGAUUCAGCCUUGCAAACAUGCCGAUGAACUUCGGGUUUGGAAUGGCCGGCAGCGUCCCGUCGGGGUUCCCUCCAUUCAUGGCACACCACCCCGUGCAAGCCCCUGGCGGCUGGAAUGGAUUACCUCCAGACAUGGGAGGAGGUGAUGACCGUCAUCUUCCUGGGCCAAUGCGUAGAGGAGGAGCAGGCGGCGGCGGUCGCUAUGGUGCUCGUUCGGGCCCGUAUGAUCGACGACAAAAUCCACGCGAUGCAAGGUGGAAUGCUGCAGGCAGACUUAGCCCACCUCGUGGUGGUGCUGGAGCUCGACCGGCUGGGCCUGGAAAGUGGGGAGAUGGCGGUGCAGCCGCUGUCGGACCUCGCGAAGCGGUCCAAGGCCGGAGCCUGAAGAGCUACGAAGACUUGGAUGCCGUCGACGGAGGCGGCGCUGGCGAUCUGAAUUAUUAA